CUGACGAUGCAUUUAUUACACAGGCAUGUGAUUCAAUGACUUGCUGCUGUUAAAAAGGGAUAGAACCGGUGUUCUGUUCAGUGACAGAGAGGAUUCGCAGGAGAACGUUAUUCAAAAACAGCUGCAGGAUGCAUCCCCUGGCUCUCCUUUGCGUCGUUUUGACGGUCAGUGUCACCUUGGCCCGACCUCACCUCCCUCAUACCUCCUCAGAGAUGGUGGACCUUGUUAACAAAGCCAACACCACCUGGACAGCCGGGCAGAACUUCCACAACAUUGACAUCAGCUAUGUGAAGGGACUGUGUGGGACCAUACUGAACGGACCAAGGCUGCCAGAGGUGGUUCACAAUACUGAAGGCAUAAAGCUUCCUGACAGCUUUGACCCACGCCAGCAGUGGCCCAAAUGUCCCACAAUCCAACAGAUCAGGGACCAGGGAUCCUGCGGGUCCUGCUGGGCCUUUGGGGCAGUUGAGGCGAUAUCCGACAGGUUGUGUAUCCACAGCAGUGGUCAGGUUUCUUUGGAAAUCUCCGCUGAGGAUCUGCUCUCCUGCUGUGAUGAUUGUGGCAUGGGCUGUUUCGGUGGUUAUCCGGCUGCUGCUUGGGAGUUCUGGGCAAAGAAAGGGCUUGUGACAGGAGGCCUGUAUAACUCCAACGUCGGCUGCCGACCCUACAGCAUCCCUGCGUGUGAGCAUCAUGUAAAUGGGACCCGUCCUCCGUGUCAGGGAGAACAGGAGACUCCUAAGUGUGUGGAGCAGUGCACCGAUGGAUACUCUCCCUCCUAUCAGAAGGACAAACACUUUGGUAAGCACACAUACAGCGUGCCGUCCAAGCAGGAGCAGAUCAUGACCGAGCUGUACAAGAACGGGCCUGUGGAGGCAGCUUUCUCUGUAUAUGCAGAUUUUCUGCUUUACAAGACUGGUGUAUACCAGCAUUUGACAGGGGAGAUGCUCGGCGGUCAUGCCAUUAAGAUCCUUGGCUGGGGGGAGGACAAUGGGACGCCCUACUGGCUCGCUGCAAACUCCUGGAACAGUGACUGGGGAGAUAAGGGUUUCUUCAAGAUCAAGCGUGGAAAUGAUGAGUGUGGUAUUGAGUCAGAGGUGGUUGCAGGAAUCCCAAACAUAUUGGGAUUGUCUUUCCAGACCUUACACGGUGUUCAUCUGCUCCAUUACGGCCGCACUGUACUAUCUGUGGGGCCGCAAACUCCCGCCUUGGUGUCUAGCCAGGCUUUUAGUGCUUUCCUCCACAAGCACUGUCCUGUUGUGUCUGAGCCCUUCAUCCCAACUCCGUGGUGCUGGGGGGGCCGCAUUCAAACCCUGGUCUGUGCCGUCCUCAAGUCCAAACCACCUGUCUCAUAUCGCAAUGAGCUGAUCGGUACGAUUGAUGGCGGUCAGAUCUCUCUGGACUGGGUGGACAAUCGGGAAAGUGCGGAGUACCCAGAAUCCUGCAUCCGCCCCACAGUACUGAUUCUCCCAGGCCUGACAGGCAACAGCAAGGUGUCCUAUGUGCGCCAUGCUAUUAACCAGGCGACCCGCCGCGGUUACAGAGUUGUGGUCUUCAACAACAGAGGGCUGGGAGGGGAAGAGUUGUUGACGCCUGUCACCUACUGUGCAGCCAAUACAUCUGAUCUUGAGCGUGUGGUGCACCAUGUCAAAGAACUUUACCCACAUGCCCCUGUGCUUGGUGCUGGUGUGUCUUUGGGAGGCAUGUUACUAUUAAACUACCUGGCCCGUAAGCGUACGGAGUCAGGGAUGGUGGCGGGUUUCACCAUCUCCGUCCCGUGGAAUGCGUUGAAGUCUGCCGCCUCAAUGGAAGAACCACUAAACUGGCUGCUCUUCAACAAGUACCUCACGAAUGGCUUGUGUCAGGCUGUCACCAGGCACAGGAAGGUUCUGGAGAAAGUGGUGGACAUUGACUAUGUGUUGAAGGCCCAGACUAUCCGUGAGUUUGACGAACGCUUCACCUCUUUGCUGUUUGGUUAUAAGUCUUGCACGGACUAUUACCACGACGCCAGCCCAGACCAUAAACUCCCCAAUACUUCGGUACCCAUCAUGUGUCUCAACGCUGCUGAUGACCCCUUCUCUCCCCAAGGAGCCUUCCCGUUGACAACUAUCCAGAGCCUGCCUAAUGUUGCUAUGCUGCUGACGGCCCACGGCGGACACAUUGCAUUCCUGCAGGGUUUCUUUCCCCGCGGCGAGAGUUACAUGGAGCGCCUAUUUGGUCAGUUUGUCCAAGCCGCCUUUGAACACCCUAAAGAAAUUAAGAAAGCCUGUGGUAUCAAAGAGAAGCUGAUCAUGGAGAAGCAACUGGAGGAGCUGAAGCAGCAGCUAGAGAAACAAUGUAUGAUCAACCAGGAGCUGCAGAGGCAAAACAAAGAUCUGGAGCAACGACUGCAGGAAAAAGAAAAACUUUUGCGAGAGCUCGACAGUCAGUAUAAUGAACUUGGUAAGACGCCAACUUUCCCUCUCAGAGUGGUCAUGACAUCGAUCCGGAGGUCAGGAAGAGCCGUGCGGCUGUCAUCGCCUCUGAACCAAUCCCAGAGACCCUUGAGAUUAAACGCAUGAGGGUCAACAAAACCUCCAGGUUACGAGACAAAUCUGAUUGUCAAAGCCAUCCAGAAGAAUGACUUCCUGAGCCGCCUCGACGAUGAGCAAACAGCCAUGAUGGUGGAUCUUUUGGCUGUAUCUAGCUUCAAACCGGGGGAGGAUGUCAUUAAAGAGGGCUCUGAAGGAGAAAGCAUGUACAUAGUCGCAGCUGGUGAGCUUCUUGUCACCCAGGCAGGCCGUAACCUCCGCAGCCUCACCACUGGUGAUGUGUUUGGGGAGCUGGCCAUCUUGUAUAAUUGCAAACGCACAGCAACAGUCAAAGCAAAGACAGCAGUGCGUCUGUGGAGCAUGGAGCGACAAACCUACAGGACGAUCAUAACCAACAAGUCCAAGAAGAAGCGGGAGCAGCUCAUGGGCUUCCUGAAGACGUCUCGUACUCUGAAGGAUUUGAAUGAUGUCCAGUUGUCGAAAAUCAUUGACUCUAUGGAGGAGGUGAAGUACCAGGACAAAGAUGUUAUAGUUCGAGAAGGAGCCGAGGCCGACACCUUCUACAUCAUCCUCAAAGGAGAGGUCCUGGUGACUAAGAACGUGAACGGGCAUCAGAAGCAGAUUCGUCGGAUGGGAAAAGGGGAGCAUUUCGGGGAACAGGCCCUCAUACGGGAAGUCUUGAGAACUGCCACUUGCAGUGCGGACGGCCCUGUUACCUGCUUCUCCAUUGACAAGGAGGUAUUUGAAGAGACAAUUCCCAUAGAACACCUGGAGCUGUUUGAUGACUCCAAAGUCCUGCAGGAGGCACAAGCUCCAGAGAAGACGAACCCCAGCUCCACGUUGAGGUUUAAGGACCUGGUCCCUGUGCAGUACCAGGAGGGGCGCUAUCAAGGAGAUCCCGUCACGCUUGGAGUCGGAGGGUUCGGCCGUGUUGCACUGAUGACCACAGUGAAUCAUGGAAAAUAUUAUGCCAUGAAGCGAGUCAGCAAGAAGCACAUUGUGGCCAAGAGACAGGAGGAGCACAUGUUGUUUGAGAAAAAGAUCCUUAAAGCCACGCAGUGUGACUUCAUCGUCAGGCUUCACGCAGCUUUUAAAGACUCACGAUACAUCUACAUGGUCAUGGAGUUCUGUGUUGGGGGAGAAAUCUGGACCAAACUCAAAGAAGUAGGGCGUUUUGAUGAACCCAUCGCCGUGUUCUGUACUUCCUGUGUGGUGGAGGCCUAUGCCUACCUGCAUAAGAAGAACAUCAUGUACAGAGACCUGAAACCGGAGAACCUGAUGCUGGACAUAAAGGGCUAUAUAAAAUUGGUGGACUUUGGUUUUGCCAAGGAGUUGGUGCGCGGUGAGAAAACCUACUCAUUUGUGGGCACUCCAGAGUACAUGGCCCCAGAGAUCAUCAAGAACCAGGGACAUGACUUUGCAGUUGACUUCUGGUCCCUUGGCAUCCUGAUCUAUGAGCUAUUGGUGGGAAGCCCUCCCUUUUCAAGUUCAGAGCCUCAGAAGAUUUACGCUAAGAUUUUGGACGGGGUGCCCAAGUAUCCACCUUACCUGAGUGAGGCAGCCAAGUCCAUCAUCAGUAAACUGUGCAGACCUCGGCCGGGUCAGAGGUUAGGAAACACCAAGAAUGGAAUCAAAGAUGUCCGGCAUCACAGGUGGUUUGGCAGUAUGAACUGGCACAAACUGCGUGUAGGUCAGCUCGACGCCCCCACAGUCCGACUCAUACGCAAGGGCCCAUGCUACGUCAACUUUGAUCGUUUCCCUGUUGAUCAGACGAAGGCAGAGGAGGAGUUUUCUGGUUGGGAUCGUGAAUUCUGAGAUUAAAGGAGUUUCCUCUGUCAACCAAAUGUGGAGCCAAAUCAGAGUACCCUCAUUUUAAUGCGAACCAUGUUUGUAGAAUCUCAGAAUUGAAAAGACAUAAAUCAUUUCAUAAUAAUUUGAUUUUCAAUUAAAGUGGAACUCCAGAGAAUUUUUCUGGUGUAUUUUUCCAAUAUUUGUUUAAAAUCUUCUCUGUUGCCCUAGAGAGACAACCGUUUAGGUGGCCUAGAGUGCCAAAAACAAGAGGAGGUGUCAGGACAAGAUGUUCGGACAUUGUGUUUUCUACAUUCAGUACUGGGAGAUUUGAUGCCCUAUGAGAAAGUGUUAACAACAUCAUCUUAUAGCACUCUUCACUGAUGAGAAUAACACACCCGUCCAUGUGCUGAAUAGCUAUGAGAAAAGGCUUGAGUCAUAUUGUACCAAAGGCCAGCUCUUACCAAGCCUGACAAUAAAAUCCAUUCUUUUGUAUUUUGGAUAUGUUAGUUUUAGAGAUAAAACAUGCUUUUUUGUAAAACUGGUAAAUGCUUCAAUAUUGUUGAAGUUGUUUUUAAUGUAAACUGUCACUUUCUUAAGGAGCAUUUCCUUACUUUUGAAUAAUCUGCCACCUUUUUAUGUGCAGAUUAUUUCUUACGCACCUUGAUUGUAUCUUAAAAAGAUCAUUGAACAUCGUAAUGAAACUUUCUACACGACUCAAGUUUAGUAAAUAAAAGCGCCCUUGUAUGCUG